CAGUUGGAGGUCUAACCCAGGGAAGCAUGGGUAAAUGAAGUCCAAAGGAAACAGAGUGAAUGAACAUUGACGUUCUCCUUUCUUUCCCCUCCAGCCCCAGAAUGUUGACCAUUGCUCUUCUUGCCCUUGUCUGCGCAUCAGCCUCGGCCAAUGCCAUUCAGGCUAGGUCCUCCUCCUACAAUGGAGAGUAUGGAGGCGGUGGAGGCGAGCGAUUCUCCCAUUCUGGUUACCAGCUGGAGGGUCCCAUCACUGCCAUCCGUAUCCGGGUCAACAGAUACUACAUCGUAGGCCUCCAGGUGCGCUAUGGCAAGGUGUGGAGCGACUAUGUGGGUGGCACCCAGGGAGACCUGGAGGAGAUUUUCCUGCACCCCGGGGAGUCAGUGAUCCAGGUGUCUGGCAAGUACAAGUACUACCUGAGGAAGCUCGUCUUCGUGACUGACAAGGGCCGGUACCUGCCUUUUGGGAAAGACACAGGCACAAGUUUCAAUGCUGCCCCCUUGUACCCCAACACCGUGCUACGCUUCAUCAGCGGCCGAUCUGGUGCCCUCAUCAAUGCCAUCGGCCUGCACUGGGAUGUCUAUCCCAGCGAUUGUGGCAGUUGCUGAACUGCAGCCUUGCCCUGGGCCGGGCACUGCAGUGGGGCUGUGAGAACUACCUUACCACCAACUCCACCUACAGGGUUCAAUAAAAAUAAUAAUAAAAGGACAUAGCUGACGCUGGAGUGUAUGUGGGUGUGUGCAGCUGGGACCCGCCUCCUGACUCUGGCUGUGGAUGUGUGAAUCUCCUUUCUGGCUAUCUGUUGGAUGUCUCUCUGGUGAAGAGUGGGAGGGAGAGAGAGAGAGAGAGAGGUGUAAUGUCUUGGGCUUUUCUUCAUAGUUUAUCAAGAAGAGGAAAGAUUCUGUCUUGCUCCAACUCUUUUUUUUCAAGGAUGGCUCCUGACACUAGUUUAUCCAAACUGGGGCUCCAAGCCUGAGAGUGCGGCCUAGCUUACUGCCCAAACCCCAGAUGUCCAACUCUCUAGACCAUGUCUCCCUUGAGAUAGUGUCUCCCCAC